AGGCUGUGACAUCGUCUGCUGAAAAGAGCACAACAAACAAACGUCAGAAUCAAACACCACCUAUCUCUCAAUUUGUGAUUUUUAAAGAAAUCUCAUAUUCGUCGUUUGGUCAACAUGAAUACCUCUCGAUCAGAAUAUUCAAAUGGUAUUCCUGCAAGAAGUGUGCCUAAAUCUAGGCAAGACUCAUCAACAAAGGCUCCUGAGCUUUACGCAGUCGAAGGUCGGAAUUGGCUACUGCAUCGCCAUUUCACAAGAAAAGAGUUUGGAAUUUGUAAAAUUCUGAUACAAGAGGAACUGGAACGUACUCGGGGAAAACAUGAAUUUGCAAAUUACAUACAGGGACUUAUCUUAUGUCAUGAGGGGAAAAUUCAGGAAUCCCUUGAAUGUUUCCAAAUAUGUCACAGUCUGAACCCCAAAAAUGUGGACAAUAUAAAGCAAGUGGCGCGAUCUCUCUACCUUUUAGGCUUACACAAUCUGGCAUUGGAGGCAUAUUUAGAUGCUCAGCAAAUAUCAAAAGUACCUGACUGGGAUAUAUUCUAUAAUUUAGGUGAAUGUUGGCUGCGUUUGGGGGAGCACGCCAAAGCUAAGGAAGCAUUACGUCAGGCUGUGCAGCUUGGCCACCAUGAACGUUGCUAUGUUGCACUAGCAAAUAUAUACAAAUUGGAGGGUGAUACUCAAAAUGCCAUUGAAAUAUACAAAGCUGCUGUAGAGGCAGCUCCAGAUAGUGCUCAACUUGCAACAUCUCUUGGGCUGUUGUACCUAGAGGAAGGUAAAUAUCAACAUGCCCUUGAAAAGUUAGGUGGUGCACUUGCUAGAGACCCACAGUAUGCUCAAGCACUUCUUGCUGCUGGGGCUAUGAUGCAGAACCACUCUGAUUACGAUGUUGCCCUUUCCAAGUAUAAGAUAGCAGCUCAAACUUGGCCUGAAAGUCCAGCUUUAUGGAAUAAUGUUGGCAUGUGCUUUUAUGGAAAAAAGAAAUAUGUGGCAUCUUUGAGCUGUUUGAAACGUGCUCACUACUUGAGUCCACUUGAUUGGGACAUUCUUUUCAACUUGGGCCUUGUCCACAUGGCAACUCAGCAAUAUGCAUCAGCCUUUCACUUCCUCUCUGCUGCAACAAACUUGAGACCAGCCCAUGCAGGCACAUUCCUUCUUGUAGCAAUAACCUUGCGUCACUUAGAUGACCCUGACAAUGCAUCAGAGGCUUUCAAACAGGCCAGUCUCCUUGCACCACUAGACGCCAGUAUUCCAUUGAACUAUGGAAUUUUCCUUGAAAGUCAAAGUGAUUUUGACGGUGCUGCACUUCAGUUAGAACGAUUCCAGGAAUUGGCUCAAGUGACUCCACGCCUCAGUUCAGAGCUUGUUCAAACUGCAACACAAUUAAGUAAAUUACUUAACAAUCGUGUGAGGUCUCAGCAGGGCAGCAAAACUGAAGGUGAUGAUACAAAUAGUAAAUCUAACAUGGCAAUUGAGGUAGAAGCUCAGGUUCGAGUACGCAACCAUCCUAUAGAUUCUUCCCCCGAGAGUGAGCCACUUAACAUGAUGGCUGAUGAUGAAGUGUAAUGGCUACUUCUGGUUACAAGCAGCUGAGGGUUUAACCCAUAACAACAUAUCUAAAUAUCUAGUCACUGUUCACUGAAACAUAUCUAUAAUCAAAUACACACAAAGUGAUCACCUAUGAAAAAAUAUGAUUUAUAAAGAAAAUGAAGGUGGUAUUAAAAUUAUUUUCUGUAUCACAAGUUGUUCUGAAGGCUUAGUUUACAGCUAAAUUUCUAAAUUUGACACAUUAGUCCGAAUAUCACAUUCUUGGUUCUGGAUAUUAAAAAUGUUUAUUGCAACACAAAAUUAAAUUUUGAUCUUGAGACUUAUUA